AUGAAACCUCCGUCUCAAUCGGUUAAGAAAAAGGGUGCUCCAAAGAAAGUGAAGCCUACGCCGAAUGACAACUCGACUACACGGUCUCCUUCAUAUUGUGAGCACGUCGAAAAACUCUUUCCCGACUCACCUACUCCUAAAUCUCAAAAAAUUUCAAACAAAGAAGCUUGCAUUAGCAAACCGCCUCUUACACCUAUUGCUCAGAAAGUAUCGACUCUGACACCUAUUGCCACAAAAAUUCUAUCAAUCGAAGAGGUACAUAAUGAUCCAAAAAUUUCAUUCAUCGACGAGAUGCCGAUUUUUAUGCACAAAUACAUCAACCGGAUCGUUAAUGUGGCGGGGGACGGUAAUUGCGGAUUCUGGGCCGUAUCGGCUUUGCUUGGUAAGGGAGAGGAUGACCAUAAGCUUGUCUGUCAUGAACUUAUCGAAGAAUUGGUGAACCAUAAAGACAUACACGCGGGUAUUUGGAGACGAAGCUAA